AUGAACUUUGAGGAUUUGGCCAUUGCCUUCUCUCAGGAGGAAUGGAGGUUUCUUGAUGAGGAUCAGAGACUUCUGUACUGCGAAGAGAUGCUGGAAGUUUUUGCACUUCUAUCAUCAGUAGGUUGUUGGCAUAAAAUGGAUGAGGAGAAGAUGCCCCCUGAGCAGAGUGUAUCUGUAAGAGAAGAGCCACAGGUCAGGUUUUCUAAGACAGCUCCAGCUGCCCAGAAGACCUGGCUAUGUAAGUGGUGUUUCUCAGUUUUAAAACAUAUUUUGCACCUGACUGAGUCACAAGCAGCAUACUGUGAGCAGAAAGCCUUCUUCAGUGACACAUCUGUGAAAGACUUAUUUUCCAGUGCAAACUGUCAUCAGCAGCAGAGAGAUGCCAGUGGAGAGAAGGCGUGGGAAGAAGAUAUGGACAGGGCCUCAUUUGUGUCCAGGUGCAGCUUCUAUUUAACAUGGGUGCCUUCAGCUAGUACGGAGGUUGGCAAAGACUUGCCAGCCAUCUCAGAUAUUCUCCAACACCAGGCCACUGUUAGCACUGAGGAGCCACACAGUAGCAGUGAGAUUUCCCUUGAAUUUCUUGGUGGAAAAAAUCGUCAUCAGUGUGUUGAAUGUGAAAAAGCUGCUAACAUCUACCAGAAGGUUGUUCAGCAUCUGGGUGUCUGCUCUGGAGAAGUGAAUUAUGAGUGUAACAAAUGUGGGCAAGGUUUUAGACAAAUGUUUAAUCUCAUUCAACAUAAAGGGGUUCACAAUGGACAAAAGCCCUAUGAGUGUAGUGAAUGUUGGAAGUUCUUCAGAAAUAAGUCUAAUCUCAUUCAGCACCAAAGAGUUCACACUGGAGAAAAGCCAUAUGAGUGUAGUGACUGUGGAAAGAUCUUCAGCCAAAGUUCUACGCUCAGUCAACACAAAAGAGUUCACACUGGAGAAAAGUCUUAUGAGUGUACUUACUGUGGAAAGGCCUUCCGUGAAAAGUCUCACCUCAUUAAACACUACAAAGUUCACACUGGGGAAAAGCCCUAUGAGUGUACUUACUGUGGAAAGGCGUUUCGUGAAAGGUCUCACCUUAUUAAACACUGCAGAGUUCACACUGGAGAAAAACCCUAUGAGUGUAAUGCCUGUGGAAAGUCCUUUCGUCAAAGAUCUACCCUCACUAAACACCACAGAGUUCACACUGGAGAAAAGCCCUAUGUGUGUAGUGACUGUGGAAAGUCCUUCCGUCAAAGAUCUACCCUCACUAAACACCUCAGAGUUCACACUGGAGAAAAGCCCUAUGAGUGUAGUGACUGUAGGAAGUCCUUCAAUCAAAGGUCUCACCUCAUUAAACACUGCAGAGUUCACACUAGAGAAAAGCCCUAUGAGUGUAGUGAAUGUGGGAAAUCUUUUAGCCACAAACCUAGCAUACUUAGACACCUGAGAGCUCAUUCUGGAGAAAGUCCUUAA